AUAUCUGGUCUCCCCUAGGAUUGUGCCCCUCUGUGAUUGCCCCUUUUCAAGGUGGAUAUCAUUUUUGAGUGUCCUGGACCCUGCAUGCACUAUAUCUGGUCUCCCAGGACCCUGCAUGCACGAUAUCUGGUCUCCCAGGACCCUGCAUUCACUAUAUCUGGUCUCCCAGGACCCUGCAUUCACUAUAUCUGGUCUCCCAGGACCCUGCAUUCACUAUAUCUGGUCUCCCAGGACCCUGCAUGCACUAUAUCUGUUCUU